AUGCCUGUGUCAAUAGACAUCAUCCCGUUUUCGGAUUCUUUAGAAUUGUAUGGUGAACCAGACUUUUCAUCUGCCUUCUCUCUGGCAGGCCAUGUGUCGAUCUCGCUCAGUUCACCUUCGUCCAUGUUCCAGCGCCGGCGAAGCACAACACGUGCUUUGAUGCAGUCGCUCACCGUCACAUUUGAGGGACAAUCCGAAAUAAUCACCCCAGACAUUGGGUAUGCCCCUCUGCGACUCUGCUCCAUCACUCGCGAGCUUGUAAAUGGUGAAUCCGUCGACCUUUCCAACGAUGGGCACGAAGAUUCCAAUAAGCCCUGCUCUUGGAAUGUUAUUUUUGACAUCCCUGUUCCUGGCUGGUUGCCGACUACGUCUACGUACGGAGAUCGCAGUGCAGUUGAAGUUGGGACGCGCUACGCCUUGUAUGCCACUGCAACUUUUAUCUAUCUCGAGGAUGGCAACUCCUCCAUAUUCAGCAGCUUUUGUUCACCUUUUGGCUGUCGUACUCACACAGUCAAUGCGCCAAGAUGUCCAGUUAGUCUCGCUCGUUUUGCCGAGGUCCCUUCUGGCCCCUCCUCCUUGUCCUCUACCUCCGUCUUCCCGAUGGCAUUGUUCAUCGUCGAUGCGCAAUCAGGGCAAGAUGACACAAAAACAGACAAAACGUCUAUUCCACCUGAAAUCCUGAAGAAGAUUCAGGUCGUCGCGUCCAUUCCAAAUGCAGUGACUUUGGAUGAGACAUCUGUUCCUCUCAUCUUGCGCUUACAAGGCAAUGAACUAGACGGCUUUCAGCGACAGCGCCUUCAGAUAACUGAUUUCACUGUUGAUGUUGAACAGAUCGAAACGUACAGGAGCACUACUUCUCUUGAUUGCUUAGCUCGAUUUAUGGUCCCGCCUAGGACGCAACAACCUCCUUCUUUGCCCCUUCGGAAUGCACACUCUGUACAUACACUCUAUGAGGUCGGCCUUCUCACAACUCCGUAUCCCUCCAAAUCUACCUCGACCCGUUCGUUUUCCCUUUUCGAUCCUUCGAAUUCUGGAAAGUACAUUAUUUCUGGUGACGGCCGCGUCUUUGUGCAUGACUCUCUAAAGGGCAAUGCGACCACUCCUUCUCCGUCAGAGAACUGGUAUGUGCUCGAGGCAAAUGUGCCUUUGGCACCAGAGCCCCACCAAAUAGAUUGGGCUGGGCUCCGCAGCCGUCGCAUAUCUGAAAAUAGCCCUCUUUUCAGUGUGUGCCACCUGAUGCACAUUACGCUCCGGUGCGUCUACGAACAACCAGACGGUGAGGUUGUGUGUGAACGCCUCCACUUUUCACUGCCCAUGCAGCAUGUGCGGGUGGCUGUCCCACAAAUUAAUCCGUCCGCUGCUGAUCGCACUAUUGUGGGUGCAAUGGAGUUCCCAAAAAGCGUUCCAUACAGCCAGAGUCUUCCUGCAUACUCUCAACUCUUCUACUCGAAUGGAGAGCGCAAGAUCGAUUACUCAACUCCUCUUCCACUUUAUGAGCCUCCGCCAUCAGCUUCAACAUCAUCUUCAUUCACUCUUGAUCACAAUGACGAUGAUCAAAAUCAAUCUCAUAAUAAUUUUCUGAUUUGCAUAUACACUAACACUCGCACUCCAAAACCGAAGACACUAAUAUUAUCAUGUAAUAUUUAA